UCGUAGGGAACAUGUCGAAUCUCUUGUGGAAAAUCGCAUUCUGCCUCAUCACCUGGACGUGGGGCACCACCCACAACUUCCUCUACAGAAGCGAUAAGGCCCAAGCCACUGGCUUGACCAACAAAAAAUUAAUCUACUUGAUCGACGCCGGCCUUGCUAUCAACUCCGCCUACCCCUUGGUGCUGCGCCCACAGAGGAACGUGAAACUGAUCCUCUCCUUUGACUUCAGCUCGGGGGAUCCCUUCGAGACCAUCAGGAGAGCGUCCGAGUAUUGCCAGGCAAAUGGGAUCCCAUUUCCCCCGGUAGAUGACAAAAAGUUUGACAAGAAAGACCGAGACAAGCCCUCCAGUUGCUACGUCUUCAAGGGCAAGACAGGUCCCACCGUCAUGCACUUCCCGCUCUUCAACACAGAAAACUGCCCUGGAGCAAACGAGAUAAAGCAGUGCAGAGACAAGUUUGGCACCACAAAUAUGUCUUACUCAGAGAAAGAUAUGGAAGAACUCCUCACCAAAGCGAAGAAGAAUGUAUCCAACAACGUGGAUAAGAUUAUGGAGGAAAUCAAGCAAAUUGUGUCCUCACUCACCCCCAAAUAA